CCUCACUAGUGACCUCCCGCUUUCGCUCUUCACAGACUGCAUGGAAGCAGAAGUCCACGAGCCCUGACAUCAGAAGUCCUCCAGCCAUGCAGUUCCAGCACUCGCACGCGCCCCUCUACGCGCCGACGCCCGCGCCGCCCGCGCACCCGACGCCCUUCUACAUCGAGGACAUUCUGGGCAGGAACGCGUCCGCGUCCGGUCCGGUGGUGCCCACGCCGACCCUUCCGUCUCCAAACUCGUCCUUCACCAGCCUGAUCCCGUCUUACCGGACCCCGAUCUACGAGCCCACGCCGAUCCACCCGGUUCUGACCCAGCACGCGCUCGCGGCCACCUACGCGUCCAUCUACCCGUUCCAGAGAGACUUCACGCACGCGCUGCUCCGUCACGACCCGCUGGGUAAACCUCUGCUGUGGACGCCGUUCAUCCAGAGACCUCUGCACAAGAGGAAAGGAGGACAGGUUCGCUUCUCCAACGACCAGACCAUCGAGCUGGAGAAGAAGUUCGAGACCCAGAAGUAUCUGUCUCCUCCCGAGAGAAAGAGACUGGCCAAGAUGCUGCAGCUGAGCGAGAGACAGGUGAAGACCUGGUUCCAGAACCGUCGCGCGAAGUGGAGGCGACUGAAGCAGGAGAAUCCUCCGAGCGGUAAGAGAGAUGUGGAGGACUCUGGCGAGCAGAGAAACUCGGACAGAUCGAGUCCAGACGUGACACACGAGUCUGAAGAGUCUGAGGAUUCAGAUCAGGAGCUGGACAUCGAGGAGGAUCCACAGUUCUCCAUCAACCCUCAGCUCUGAGCGAACACCUCAGCACUGUACAUACUGUAUCAUACUGUACAUUCACUAGCACAAUUAACUUAAUGCAUGUGUAGAUUUCAAUCAAACCUGUAUCUGCUGUCUCGAGUGUAAAUAUUUAGUGUUAGUCAAUAAACAAUAUUUUGAGGAUAACA